AUGCCCCGCUGCACCGGCCUGCAGGUCCGCGCGUCCCAGGCCGUGCACCGCCGCUUCUACAGCGUAUUUGCAGCCUGGGGCCGCCUUCUCUCGCGCCGUCCAUGGCUCAUCAUCCUCGUCUCGCUUUGCGCCGCCGUCCUCGCGUCCACGAAGCUCCUCCUCUCCUUUGGUGGCGACGGCCUGCCCUACCAAUCCAACGGGGACAAGCUGUGGGUGCCGGAAGAUGCCGAGGCGUCCAAAGACCAGGAGAGCUUUGACGCCGCUUUCAACCCCACCGGCGCCUUCACGCGGCAGAAUUUUGUAUACUUUCUUGCCACGUCUGGCGGCACUGUCCUCACCGCUCCCAUCCUGCAGGAGGUGUACCGUUUCCGCGAGUUAGCGAGGCGCAACCUGACUGCGACGGACAUUUGCGACGGUGGCUGUAGCCCCCUCACUCCUUCGGCGGUGGGCUACUCCGAGGUGUGCGACCGAGCGGCCGGCGACGCGUCAAGCGAGCUGAGCCAGUGCCUGACCUACGGCUCUGCCUUUCCUCUGUUCGAGGACGGGUCCGGGAAUGUCGUUCUCGACCUCACGGACGCUGAGAUUCUCGAGAUGGUCGAGUCCGGGACCGGAGUGGCGGGCAGCCUCUACCCCCCCGGCGGCAACGUCACCUUUGACGUGCGGCGCGUCUUUGGCGGCCUCGAGUACGACGGUGCCGGCAAGCUGGUCUCUGCAAAGGCAGUCAAGCUAGGCCUGCCGCUCGAGGGCUACAAGAGCAGCGUGGACGCGGUGAAGGACCAGCUCGAGGCUGCGACGGCGUGGGAGGACCAGCUCAACCUGCUGGUCGGAGAGGAGUGGACCAGCGACCCUCCGCUCUCCCGCGGCUCCGCCUACGGCGACGCCAUCGCCGUCGAGUGGGAGUCGCCUCUGGUCGACGCGUAUCCAAAUACUGCCGGCGCCAUCGAGCGCGAGCUGAGCGGCAACAUCAGCGGCGACGUCAUCAAGAUAAACAUCGGCUUCAUCCUCAUCGGCGCGUACGCCCUCGCCGUCUUCUUCAAGUUUGACCCGCGCCGCUCCCGCUCCGCGCUCGCCAUCGCGGGGCUCGUCUCGUGCGCGCUGUCGGUGGGAGUGGCGUACGGCUUCACCACGCUCAUCGGCUACGAAGUCAACCCGGUCGUGACCGUCCUGCCCUUUAUCCUGCUCGGCAUCGGCGUGGACGACAUGUUCGUGCUGGAGCAGGCGCUCAGCGCGACCGACAAGACCGCCCCGCCCGCCGAGCGGAUGGCGGCGUGCAUGGGCUCCGCCGGCGUGAGCAUCACGGUCACGUCGCUGACCGACCUCGUCGCGUUCGCCCUCGGCUCCACCUCCUCCCUGCCGGCGCUCGCGGCCUUCUGCUGCUUCGCGACCAUCGGCAUCACCGCAGACUACCUGCUCCAAAUCUCCUUCUUUGCCGGCUGGAUGGCGCUCGACGCACACCGCGAAGCCGCCGGCAAGCCCGACUGCUGCCCCUGCUGCGGCCCUCUGGACCCUUCGGUCGAGUCUGGCUGCUGCGGUUGCUUCGCAAACUCAUGCGCCGCCGUCAAGGCGCCCGAGGAGGGGCUCCUGCGCUCCGUGCUGCGCCGCCACUACGCGCCGGCCCUCGCGCGCAAGCCGGUCCAGGUGGCAGUUGUCGUCUGCAUGGCGGUUUGGGCAGCCGUGUGCGGCUGGCAGGCGUCCAAGCUCAGCGUCGACUUCGAGUACCGCUGGUUCGUCGGAGACGACGCCGUGCUGCAGCGCACCUUCGACGUCGAGGACGAGUACUUCGGCGGGCUCCCGCUCGACGUCAACCUCGUCACGCCCUCGUCGGCCGCCUUCGACUACUCCGCCGUCUCGAGCCAGCUGCUGCUCGAGCAGCUCGCGGUAGCGGCCGAGACGGACCCGUGGGUGGACCGCUCCUCACUUGUCUCCUUCCAGCGCGCCCUGCUGGCCUGGGCUUGGGCCGCAAAGGGAAGCGCCAGCUUGGAGUCUGCCGCGGGCGGCCCGCCCUCCUCUCUGGCGGACGCGCUCCUCCCUCCCGCCGACUACUACAGCUGGCUCAAUGAGUUUGUGACUGCGUCGGAGGGGGGCGCUUUCGCGAGGGACGUGCUGUGGGUCGACGCGGCAGCGCCGGGCCAGGGCUUGUCGGCGGCGAGGCUGCGCGCCACGCAGCUCCCUCUCACUGAGGCUGCCGACGAGAUCGAUGCGAUGGACUCGCUCCGCGCGAGUGUAGCCUCGGUCCCGAUCGAGGGCGCCUACGCGUACGGCUUCCAGUACCUCUACUACGAGCAGUACAAGGUCAUCCAGCGGGAGAUGCUCACCAACCUCGGGCUCGCCAUCGCCGCGGUCUUUGUCAUCGUGCUGCUCAUCCUCGCCGAGCUGCGCACCACGCUGCUCGUGAUGCUCUGCGUGCUGCUCACCGACGUGAGCAUCCUCGGCGUGAUGCAGAUGUGGGGCCUCACCAUCGACUCGGUCUCCGUCGUCAACCUCGUCCUCGCCAUCGGCCCCCUUCCCAUAGGCCUCGCCGUCGACUACUCGGCGCACGUUGCGCACGCGUUUGUCAUCGCAAAGGGCACGCACACAGAGCGGAUGCAGUCCGCUGUCAGCGAGAUGGGCGACUUGCGCUGCUCGCCUCACCGCACCCCGCCCUCGCCUCUCCCGACGCGCUGCGCCACCGCCGCAGGCACCGCCGUCAUCCACGGCGCCUUCUCCACCUUCCUCGCCGUCCUCGUCCUCUCCGCCUCGCAGAGCUACAUCUUCCGCGUCUUCUUCAAGCAGUUCUUCUCCAUCUCCGUCUUUGGCGUUGCACACGGCACGCACGACACCCCGCACGACUCCCCGCACCACACCUGGCCCACCCCCACCCGGCCCACAGAGGCCUCCUGCUCACCCCUCACUCCGCCCCCCGCCCCUCACCGACCAGGCCUCCUGCUUCUGCCCGUCCUCCUCGUGCUCGUCGGACCACCAGAGAUGCCCUCGGACGGCGACGCGGAGGAGCCGAAGGGCGGCUACCCGCCCGCCGUGCCAGACGUGCCCGAGACGCAGGCGUCCGCGCGCGUCGCUCCUGGCCUGCCGGCGCAGAAGGCGUGA